ACCUGGAGUCAUUUACACCAACCACCACGUGAAUUAUUAACACUUCGAAAAGGAAUGGAGCCAAGGUAAGGCAUACUAGUGGAGAGGACUGCUGGUUUGCCUUGCAAUCUUUUGCUCUAAGCAGGUACGGCGAAGAUGGAGUUGAGCAGAAGGAAAGUGCCCCUAUAUGGCCAGGCCAAGGUGUUUGCAUUACUGGACGGGCUGGAUUCCAUGCUGGAAGAUGCCGAAGUCUUCAUUGUUCUGGAAGGAUCCACGCUGGUCCAUGUCACCAGGGCUCAGAGUGACGUCAUGCUCUGCUUCAUCGUGCCCGGACAUAACCUCGCCGAGGUGGUCUCUGUGCAGGCCUACUUGAGCUCCGAAAGCGCACCUCUCACAUGGGUGGGCGGCGCAAUGCUGGAAUACGUCCAAGACGACGCACAGGAGCUGGCAGAGCACCUGGUCACCCGCGGAUAUAGUCUGAACUCUCUGGAUCACACAGAGCUGAGCAGCCUCUUCAACCUGGGCCAGCAGAGCUCCCGCUGGGCUAUGGAUCGACGCGUGGCUCUCGCCAUGGCUAACCUGGAUAUUCCUCCAAAUUGGAACAUUCUGGGGACUCCCAGCAGAGAUGAUGGCAGCCCCAGAGACUCUCUGCUCCACCUGGCCGUGCGAUGGGGUCUGUGUCGACUGGCCGAGCUGCUGCUUUGUCAGCCCGGAGGUCUGAUGGCCAUCAACGUUCCAAACGAGGACGGCGUCACACCGCUGCAGCUGGCCUACUCAUCGGGCAACAGAGAACUCCUCCAGCUCCUCCUGCGGCCACCCAACCCUCUAGCCACACCUCCCGCAGGACUGUCUCAGGUGUGGGCAGACCGCUCCCGCUUGCUGAGAUACUGUCACGACACGGGGAAUUUGACACUGAGCGUCCGACAAAAUCUCAAGUGGAGCUCGGAGGAGAGCCGGCAUGCUGAUAUUCAGCUGCUCAGAAACAGACUUGGAGAUGAGGGCUUCCUCCGAGAGAUUAAAGCGUUAAGAAGAGAACCAACAGAGAGCGUUUUCGGCCAAGAACAAUUGGUGGAUGAUCCAGCAGAAAACGGACCUUUUGCUGAUAAGAGCGGAGAGAAUUCAGCUGCAGACGAUCAUGACUACGAGGAGCCGCUAAUGUUUUGCCUCAAUCAAGAGGACGAGCAGUCUGACUCUGAAAAAAGCCAGUCCACGGGCGAGAGCCAGACCUCAUCGCCGACUCUGGCUGCCGCUGCCAGGCUGUCGGCGAUGAUCCACGGGAAAGACAGAGUCUAUGCCAACGCCAUGGUGGUGGACCAAGCCGAUGAUGUUGAUGUGAAGUACCGCUCUGGCCCGUCACCUGAUGUUGGCAGCCUUUGCUGGGAUUCUUUCUCCAUGAUGUCCCCUGACUGGAGGACGUGUCCAGAAAAGGCGCACAAUGGCGAGAGAGCUGUCCGAAGGCAGAAAUCCAAGGAGUCGCCUCUCCGCGUCUCCCCCCCUCCAUCUUUCCCGUCCUCCCCCCUGGCUUCCGCCUUCCGUUUGUUUGAAGGAGGUCAGCGGCGACGGCCGCGAAGCAGCUUUCCAGUUUCUCCCACUUUGAACGGCGGACGAUGCAACUUGCCGCUGGCGGCGGCGGCCUGCGGACUGAGUCCCAGUCUCGAGUGUGACAGCGGAGAAGAGGACACACCGGGACACUCGUACCCCUGCUCAGCCCCAACGCUGCAGUCCGGCUUGCCAGACUUGAACCCGUCGCAAAAGCUCUCCAAGGCUGUUUGCUCGCUGCCCUGUGCUCUCAUCCAGAAGCCGGAGGAAGGCGAGCUUCGACUGCGCUCCUACUCCUACUCCUCUGCCAAGGCGAGGCCCUCGCGCCCCUCGCUAAACAGAGACGCGACCGUUACCGACCUGGCAGAAGGUGGUGCAUUCGGCGGCAGCGGUCGCUCUCUCCUUCAGGCUUUAUGGCUGUCCAAAUCGCUUUCUCCACUCAACCAAGUUAAGCAGAGUGUGCUGAACCUGAGCGAGACUUCCAAGGAAAAGAGGCUUUUGGGUUUCCGUAAGCGGGCCCAGUCAGCAGAGGAGGAGAGCGGCGCAUCACUCCAACACCUCACCCUCUCCGAGUUCCUUAAAGAGAUCGAGGACGAGGAGUGGGACAAGUACAUCGUUCCGUCCAAGGUGGAGUCGGAGAAAUACAAAGUGAGCCGGACCUUCAGUUUCCUCAAGAGCAGGAUGUCCAGCACUCGUGGCAAAACCAAGGUGAAAGGGAAAGAGGUGAAGGAUGGCAAGGACAAGAACGGACAUCAGUUUGCGCCCGCGUCUCCAUCUGCUCCUGCUGUCUGUGUGGCCUGCGAUAAGUCCAUUUGUGGGAAGGACGCGCUGCAGUGCUCCAACUGUUUAGCGAACGUCCACAAGAACUGCCGAGACUCUGUUGCACAAUGCGCAAAGAAGCUGCAGGAGAAGAAUGCAUCGUUGAUGAAAAGCAAGAACUUGUCUCUCCCACAGACUUCUGCGAAAGACAUGGCUUCCACCUCUCCUGUGGCCUCCUCAUCAGUGCCCUCAUCCCUCUCGCUUACACCAACGACCAAAGAAAAGGGAGAAACGCCUCUUUCCAAAAGCCUCUCCGCCUCCUUGGAGAGCAGCAGGCGGCCGAGUGAUACGGCAGCAAUGGAGGUGGAUUCCAUUCCUCCACCGUACGGCUCACAGCCGGACGAGGGCGCUCCACUUCCGGCCGGAGCCGGUCUUCCUUCGCUCGUCUCGCAGGAUGAUGUCGUUGCCCCUCUACUAAGCGACCUGUCGGCCGACCUGCUGGGGCUCGACGCCGAGUCGUGGAGCCUCGCGGUCAGUCCGGAUUUCUGCAGGCAACACGACAGACGUGCCGUCAAACGGCAGGAUGUCAUUUACGAACUGAUGCAGACGGAGCUGCACCACAUCCAGACUCUGACGGUCAUGUCCGAAGUGUUCAGACGAGGCAUGCUGGAGGAGCUGCAGCUAGGCUGGGAUUGCGUGGCCCGCAUUUUCCCCUGCUUGGAUUCCUUGCUGCUCUUCCACAGGAACCUUUUUGGAUCCCUGCAGGAGCGCAGACGAGCGGCAACCCAAGCCGACAACCAGAGAAAUUACCUCAUCUGCCAGAUUGGAGACGUCCUUCUUCAACAGUUCUCCGAUGGAAACGCUGAGACGAUGAAGCGAGUGUACGGAGACUUCUGCAGUCACCACUUGGAAGCUGUCGGUGUCUUCAAGGAGCUUCAGCAGCAUAACAAAAAACUCCAGAACUUUGUCAAACAACAGAGCAAUAACUUGCUGGUCAGGAGAAGAGAGAUUCCAGAGUUCAUCCUUUUAGUCACCCAGCGCAUCACCAAGUACCCGGUUUUGUUGGAGAGGAUUUUACAUUACACUCAAGAAGGCAGUCAAGAACACACAGAGCUAUCAAGCGCGCUGGCUCACGUUCGUGACAUCAUCGCCGCCGUGGACCUGACCGUGAGUAAGUACGAGCGAUCUCAGGAGCUGCAGGAAGUGCUCGCCCGUCUGGAGAACAAGAGCUUUGCCAAACUGAAGAGCGGCAAGGUGAUUCGCAAGCAGGACCUGCACAGCAAACACAGACAUCUACGACACAAGGGAUUGCUUUACUGGAAGACUGCCACGGGCCGCCUAAAAGAUACCUUGGCACUCCUGCUUACAGAUGUGGUGGUGUUCCUGCAAGAGAAAGAUCAACGCUUUGUAUUUGCGGCCGUGGACCAGAAGCCUCCCGUGAUCCCACUGCAAAAGCUCAUCGUGAGAGAAGUAGCCAAUGAGGAGCGCGGGAUGUUUCUCAUCUCUGCUUCCUCAGCCGGUCCGGAGAUGUAUGAAGUUCACGCCAGCACCAGAGAGGAGAGAAAUGCUUGGAUGAGACACAUCAGACAAGCUGUAGAGAGUUGUCCAGAGGAAGAAGAGGAGGAGGAGGAGGAGGAGGAGGAGCAGCAGCGUAGCACCGAAACAGAAGAGGCCAAGCGAGCGGCCGAAGUUAAAGUUCAGAAAAUGUCAAGGUUCCAAGAGACAUUGUUCAUUCAGGACCAGCGUAUCUGCACCAGCUUGGAGGAGAAGUUACAAUUCUAUGCUGAGCUCACAGAGUUAACGCUGCGCUCUCCAGAAGCCAUUCCACAUCGCCACCUGCUGGUACAAGCAGAAAUUGACAGCGAGUCCCCAAGACCGGCCUCCGCACUGCUCGCAGCCGCACUCCGAGAAGCGGAAAACCUGAUCGGCAUUCUUCAGGUUCACGACGGACAACGUGACAGUUCUCCCGUCCGUGGCUGCGAGUGCCCCGACGACAACAGCAUCCAAGAGUCGCCCUCAGAACCCGAUUACCUGAGCACGCUUAGUAUGAGCUCCACUUCUCUCGGAUCGGACAGCGAAGGGACGGAUGGAAUCUCGUGGAGCGAGGAGCCAAAGCAAAGUCACACCAAAGAAACACUCUUCAAGGUGGCUGAGAGUGUGCAGAGUCUGACUCAGCUCCUUUAUAGUCUGCAAGCUGCGGUGACUCUCCAGGACAGCUGCCUGGAGAUCCAAAACAUUCUCCUUCAGGAAGGAGACCAAUCUCAGCUCAAGAGCCUUGCCUCGCUCCAAAACACCUUGGAGACGGCCGUUGAGAAGAGGAAAGAGGACGUCGAGAAGAAGGCUACAGAGAGGAAGAAGGAAGAAGUGGACGAGGUGCACAAACUUCACGUGAAAUUGAAACUAGAGCAGCAGCGCUGGGACAAGAAGUGUGUGGCUAGAGACAAACGACAGACUGAGCAGGAAGGCGCGCUGGAGCAGCGUGAGCGCCAUUGCAUCCUGGAGGCCCAACGGCUGCGUUGUGAGCGCCAGGAGCUGGAAACUCAGCUGAUGGAAUAUCGACACAGUCUGGACAGACUGCGUGACGGCCAGGAGAGUGUCGACAGGGAAAAGGAGAAGCUCCGAGCCCAGCAGUGUCUCCUCCAGAGUUGGAGACACAACCGGCAGAGCAGUCUGCCCGUGACCAUACCUCUCGAUGAAUACCAGGUGCCAAUUCACAGUCGCUCAGGCAGCCUUGACGGCAGCUGCUGGACGUACGAGAACGACGCAGCUCUGCUCGCCUCUCUUCAGAAGCAGAAGCAGCAGCAGCGGCGGCGGCAGCAGUCCCCCAACAACAACAACCCGCAGCAGCAGUAUCUGCUCUCCGGCCCCCGGCAAAGCUCCACCUUUGGCGGUGCUGACCUUAGCCUUAGCGCCAGCCUCUACAACAGCCUCAACACCCUGCUGAGCCAAACGCACAGAAAACACUCUCAGGAUGCUCUCAGCUUGGGCAACAAGAAUCCCGGCCGCGACCAGCCUUUCGACGCCUCUGCCAAUCCCUUCGCUAACAGAGGCACAGCGCAGCCGCAGAGCGCCGGCAAAUACUCGAGUCCGCAGUCGGAGAGCCAUUCCCCGAGGGCCUGGAGGCCAGAGAUGCCCGGCCAAGAACUUUACCAAGACGCUUACGCCUCCUCUUCUCCUUCCCUCACGCCGCUCCUCCCUCAGCAGUCCUACCUGUCUCUGGAAGGACAUCUUAGGGAGGACGCAAGCGAGGAGAACAUUGUUUACAUCUGAUGUUUGAAGCAGGACAUCAAACUGGACUGUGAUGGAUGGAAAUAGCGUUGGGAAAUUGUGAAUAAUCAAAUGAGAGAUGAGCAGCAUCCAUACUGUAUGUGCCUUCUUCUGCUUCAUCAAACCGUCGUGCCUUCUCGCUGUCAUUCUAUUUUGGUUUUGUAAAUUAGAUUGAAUUCUUAUUUUAUUGCUUGCUUGUCAAACAAUGGCGUUAUGUUCUCCGUUAACACUUCAAAUAGGGUCCAAUAUAUGGGGGAAGGCUAGCUUAGGCCUUCGCAAGCUAUGUACAGCAUUAACUGCUCUUCUCCGGCAUAUGCAUACAUUAGAUUGCCAUGUGAUUUGAAAUCAUAUUUAUUCGAGGAAGAAAGUAUUGUACUGUAGCGUAUAGUUUGUUGAAAGGGCUACCUACCGACGCACGCUGUUGGAAGAGUGAAGUGCCAAAAUUCUUCUAAUCCUAUUCCCUUUUGGUAAUUUAUUGUACCUCAAUGGCUUCAUGCACUGUACACAAUGUUUGCUUUCUUUUCCUGGUUGUAAUCACUGCUGUGAUGUUUGUAAAUGUUGGGGCUCCUUAUAAAGAUCAUAUUAUUGCUUGUG